GUCAAUGCGGAAGUAGAUAUGAAUGGCUACAGCGCUAACUCGUAUUAGUGUUUUUAUUUUUAAUUACACCCACAAAUAUAGAAUAUAGAGUCCGUUUAUUGAAUGCAGAGACACCUGACUAUGUAAUAUGUCGUUUGACAGUGCGUCCAUCUGAAACGGGAUGUUCCUGCUCUCUAUCUUCUCCUAUAUUUGGGUAAACAGUGCAGGAAGAGUCAUGUCGGCUGCUAGCUAGCAAGUUAUCUUACAAACACACUCGUCCCUUAAAGUGUCCGUCAACCAGCAAAAUGAAAGUACGCUCGUCCGUGUUUGCCUCGUUCAUUUUAAUAUUUGAAGUGAUUGGCAUUGCCCUCUUCCUGCGGGGAUUUUUUCCUGUGCCUCUUAAGUCUUCCCUCUCAUCCAAGACCAAGCUGUCAGAUCUGCCAGCGGAGCCGAUGACAGGAGGCGCUCCCAACUCCUCUCGCCUCCCCCAGCCCCUCUUUAAAAGGGUGGUUAUAAUGUUGGUGGAUGCCCUCCGGGAGGACUUUGUAUUCGGACCCAAUGGUCGCAUGUAUAUGCCCUACACCAGACACCUGGUGGAGAGAGGCUCAGCGCACAGCUUUGUGGCCAAGGCAAGACCUCCGACUGUCACCAUGCCCAGGAUCAAGGCUCUAACCACUGGCAGUAUCCCAGGCUUCAUUGAUGUGGUAAUGAACCUGAAUUCUCCUGCACUGCUGGAAGACAACCUCGUUUGGCAGGCCAAAACAGCAGGGAAGAGGAUGGUCUUCUACGGAGACGACACCUGGGUGCGCCUCUUCCCCAAACACUUCAUAGAGUACGACGGCACGACCUCCUUCUUUGUAUCUGACUACACCGAGGUUGACAACAAUGUGACCCGCCACUUGGAUAGCACCCUGAAGAGGGAUGACUGGGACAUUUUGAUCCUCCAUUACCUAGGCCUCGACCACAUCGGUCAUAUCAGUGGACCCCACAGUUCUCUCAUUCAGCCCAAACUGCUGGAGAUGGAUGACAUCCUGAAGAAGAUUCACAGCGCCCUUGUUUCAAAGGAGGCAGAGGGAUCCUUGCCCUACCUGCUGGUGCUUUGCGGAGACCACGGCAUGUCGGAGACCGGCAGCCACGGAGGCUCCUCCGAGCCAGAAGUCAAUACGCCCCUGGUGCUCAUAAGCCCGGCCUUCAAGAGAAAAGGGGGAAUGGAGAAGCCUGGAGUGGUGGAGCAGGUUGACCUGACUCCAACCCUGGCCCUGGGACUUGGCCUGCCCAUAUCUCAAAACAGCGUGGGACGCAUCAUCCCAGGCGUUUUGGAGGAAACUUCAUUGCGAGACCAGCUGCGAUUCCUGCAUCUCAAUGGCCACCAGCUCAGCUGCCUGCUCAAAGACAGCAUGGCAGACUACGAGAAAGAGGCAGGCUUUGAGCAGUUCCGUGUGGCGGAAAAGGCUCACGGGAGCUGGAUGAAGCUCUUCAUGGAGGGCAACACCUCUGAGGUGCUUUCCAACAUGGGCAAGAAGGUGCUGAAGCAGUAUCUGGAGGCCCUGACUGCCAUGAGCUCAGCUCUCAGCAAACAGCUGGGCAAAUACGACAUGUACUCCAUGAUCGCAGGGAUGGUGUUUGUGUUUCAGCUCCUGUUGGUCUUACUGCUGGCUAUGCCUGAAGCCCUCAGCGGUGACGCAGUAGUGGACCUUCCGGUCCUCUCAGCCCUGCUCUCCCUGCCUUUCUACCUCUUGUGCCUGCUGCUCGCCUCAGUGCACGUCUUGGUGUGCACAUCUGCUGAAAGCUCCUGUUACUUCUGCAGCCUCUCCUGGGGUCUCGUGUUUGCUGCUGUUGCCUUCUCCUCAGCAAUGUUUUGUAUUCUGGUCUCCAUGGCAACACGCCGACUCCCCCUGGGACCAAAGAUUCACGGGAAGUCUCCUUUGAGGAGCAGUGGCAGUGAAUGGUCGCUAUCGGAGCUGGACGUGUUGCUGCUGGCCGGCACGGUCGGACACACUCUCAGCUUGGCGGCCAGCAGCUUCGUGGAGGAAGAGCACCAAACCUGGUACUUUCUGCUCAACACCCUCUGCCUCGCCGUCUUCCAGGACGUCUGCCGCAAAUACUUCAGAGAGCAGAGAGGCUCUGGAGAUGACGACGAGCCUAUCCUCCCUUCCAAAGACUGUCAUCCCUCUGCUCACCCCAAGGCAGAGAUUUACUCAGAGAAGUGGCUAGCGUUAGCCACGCCGCCCUUCACUCUGGUCUGCUGCCGACUGCUGCGCUCCCUCAACCAGACCGGAGUGCAGUGGGCUCAUCUUCCCGACGUUGGACACUGGCUUAACAGCUCUGAACACAGGACAGUACUCUCCCUGCUGGCUGCCUUCUGUUUGGUUCUUAUCUACCUCCUAGUUCAAAGACGGUGCUCGUGGGUUUCUAAGGUUGCCCUUGCGCUUGGACUUUUGGGUGUCUACAGCUACCGGGCAGCUGUCGGCAAUGUCUUGUUUCCCUGGCAACACUCUGGUCGAACUACGUCCAAGGGAACAGUGGAGGCGCGUUUUGUUUACGUCUUCAUCUUGGGCAUCCUCUUCACGGGCACCAAAGACCUGUUGCGAUCCCAAAUUCUCACAGCAGAUGCCAAGUUGAAGAGCAGGGGAUUAUGGGAGAUUUACAGCGGCUUGGUCUUGUUGGUUUCGCUGUUGUUUCGUGCUCACAACCUGCCGGUCCUCUGCUGCUGCCUGUUGAUCCAGACGCUCAUGGCUCAGUUUAUUUGGAAGAAACUCCACUACGACGCGGCCCAAACCACCAUCAUGCAUUACUGGUUCGGCCAGGCCUUCUUUUACUUUCAGGGCAAUUCCAACAACAUUGCCACUGUCGACAUUUCAGUCGGCUUCGUUGGACUGGAAAGUUACGUGGAGGCACCGGCCAUCUUCUUAACGGCCCUUAGCACUUACGCAGGGCCCCUGCUCUGGGCUUGUCACCUCGUCUGCUACCUCAGCUCAGAGAGAGACAGGAGUCCGGUUGCAGUCGGCCAUGGCUGCUACUGCCUGGCCCUGCUGCGGUCCGUGCCAGCUGCAGCCUACAUUGUGCUGGUAACCGCUCUGCGGUACCAUCUCUUCAUAUGGAGCGUCUUUUCACCCAAAUUACUGUACGAGUCCAUGCACCUGCUGCUGACUGCAGGAGUCUGUCUCUUCUUCAACACGAUGGAGCAAAGCCACAGUUCCAGUAAGUCCUAGGAAGCCAACGACGCAGAUCUCUCCUUAAGGGAAGUUAAAGGGUCUGGCACAGUUUCUUCAUAUGGUGUGUGAGACUUCCAGACUGAUACACACUAUAAUAUGCUUUCCCCUUACUCUGUAGUGUACAAUGUGUGAACAGAUGCUUCAGAAAGACUCCUUCCUUUUGACUCUGUAUGUUUGGUUUGCUAAAAACACUUUGAGAAUGCACUUACAAUGUAUUUUUGAGCAGUCUAUUUAAAUAUUUCAUUCUUUCCAAUGAAAAUGAAUAAAAGUGAAAUGACAUAAAGAAGCCUUUUGAAAGGGAAAAACUUUUUUAACAAAAACGAAGCAUAUUACCUCAGGGAGUGCUGUACAGUGAGAGGAGUUUGAUGUGUCGGCUGCAUGUAUAAUUGAAUGACUGUGGGGUUACAGUACGUGGGAGGACAUCAUGUAUUUAUGUUGAGCAGAAUGUAAAUGUGUGAUGUUUGGGUGCUCACGGAGCUCAACUCUUCUGUUAACAGCUGAGUGCAGACCUGCAGUCAGGUGCAGGUGUUUUCAAUCAUUCUGGCUGAGUAGAGCUGAGCAAUUCUGGGAAUUACAUAAGGUGACUAAACUCAACAGGUCUUUUUUGACUCGUCGCAGCAGGAGAGGCAAAGGUGUUAAAGCUGUAAUUGGUAACUCGUAUUUGCUGAAGCUGUCACUACAUCCACAAAGAAUUUAUGAGACAGAUAGAGUGUGAAAAAAACAUGUCCUUCCUCCUCCUCCUGUUGCCUCUAAUGGCAUUUGCAGCGCACUGAAAACAACCCAUCAGAGCCGAGGAGUCUCUAAAGCAGCUGUCGGCCAUGUCAGUCACUGCUCAUGAACUGCGGUCAAACUGUCAAACAAGGCAGCGCUGAUCAAAUAUGAAUCAAGAUUUUGUCACUGCAUUGCCUGUAUCUCGCGUCAAAUGUUUUUAGGAAUAUAUUUUAGUGUACUGUUUAGCUGUUAAAGGGGCCUUACACAUGCUGCAUCUUUAACCACAUGGAAAACGCGAGGUCAGGUGCUGGGUGCUACUCUUGUGUCUCUUCUGUGCCAGCUUUCAAGAGCGUGGCGACAGGUUGCACCUGAGGUUACUAAGCAACCUUAACAAGCAUCAAACCAUAGCCUAUUUACCUGAAAUCCUGAGUGCAGAGCUGAUCUUCUUCCAGGUGCUAUUUGUGUGUAGGCCUGUUGCUGUGGGAGAGACGUAAAGCUUUGGCAGCCCCGCACCAAAAUGCCUAACAUCUUCAUAUUUAUCACAGACUGAUAGUUACAGAAGAAGGGAAAGAUAUCCACUGGCUAUGAUUGGUUGUUCCUCAUCAUAUGACAUGUAGCGUGCGCUGCAGCGUUCCAAAAGUUGAACUCUGUGUAUCUCAGGGCGCAGCUGUUGCACCUUGAAAAACAGGUGUUCGGGAAAACAAUGAAUUCGAGGGCACAAGAAACGUGGCAUUUGUACAGCCCCAAAUGAGAAAGUUUGUGAACCAGCCACCAUGUUGUAAAAGGUCCGCCCACCAGCCAGACUAACUUCAUGCGUGGUAAGCCCAUUAGAAAGGCUACAAGGAGGCAGAGGAAUUAGACUAUUUUCUCCAUAAAUUAUCUGUCUCAUUGAGUGCUGUGUGAAUACAGUGACAGUUUCAGCAGAUAUGUCACAAAUUUAUUUUUUAUAAAAGUUACCAACUUAAGCUUUAACAAUAAAAUGAAUGAUGGCUGAAUUCCAUUUAGCUGCUUCAUAUUAUGCCUCGCUGUCACAUAGGCAUGGGACAAUAUGAAAAUUUAAUGUUAAUGAAUAUUCUGACCGAAAGAAUGCAAUUCACCAUAUUAUUCUUUUAAUCAUCAAAAUAUGCUUAAAACUCUUAAAGUGGCACGAAAACAUACUGGAAUCCCUUUACCUGGGAUUUUUAUUAAAUAUUUUUAUAGCAUUACAGAUAGGACACAUCUUUUAUUAGUGAAAAAACACUAAUUAAAAGCCAGGCUUUUCAACUAUUUGAAAUGGAAUAAUCUCUUUUGAUGAUGAAAUAUGCGGAUGCUUGAUUAAGAUUUUUGUUUUAUGAGGUUCAGGAUGUUUUUGCAGAGUCUAUGUUAUUGUUGUUUGCCCAGCAGUGCUAGUGGACACAAUAUUCACAAUGGCUCAUAUGCAAUCACGUGACAAUUAUGAUGCACAAAAUUCCGAUGGAGGGCAGGAAGUGAUGAAUCCAUAUACUGUGUGAAUUGGAAACAGAGGAAAGUGACUACGUAAAAGGGUUAGAUGAACCUGCAGGCAGCAAGUAUCAUCAGAAAAUUGAAACUCAUGUUGGAUGUGACUUAUAAAAAACAAGGAAAAAUUAUUUUUCCCACGACUUGACCAAUUUGGCCAGUGUGGGCACAGUCAUUGUUACAAAUUACCUCGACCGCCAGACUUCCUAUCGUUACAAUGCAAGUAGAUGAAAGCGUGUAAGAGUGUCAUGGAUCAUAAAUUCUGUGUGCAGUUGGUCCAUGACAUGACCACCAUCUUGUUGUGGUGGUGAGUAAAUGUGCUUUAAUAUAACUGACUCUUACAUUUCAGCUCUGUAUGUGGAUUCACUGCCGUUAGGCUAAUGUUGCUAGGUAACGUUAGCAACCUUUGGCUAUUUUUUUUUCUAUGUACUUGGUCAAGUGUUCCCAGAGGUUUGGUCAAUCUAGGUCGUGGCUAAAAACACAGACAAGUUGUCACAGCACAUUGUAAUUGCAUCCAACUUGAGGCAUAGUUUACACAACACUUUUUGUUUAGCAUUAAUUGACUGCUCCUCCAGACUGAAGACGGAGGCUUAUGAUACACAUCUGCCGCUGUUUCUGGAUGAGUUUUUUUUUGUUUGUUAUCUUCUCCCCUUCAUGUCCUACUAUUUUCAGGACUUGAAGUGGCCCUUGUUUUUCCCUAAUUUAAUCAAUUGGAACAGCUGUAAACAGCGCAAAUCAUAGGCCUUUUUGCAGUGUUGGUAGUGUUUGCCUCCGGUUGCCUCCCCUCCAUCUGGACAACACGUCAAUGUUUGAUGUCAUAUGCAAAGGAGCUGUUUAUCCCCACAAUAGAAAAUCACCACCCUUAACUUAUUGUGUGUUUUUUUUCUCACCAUCCGCGAUUAAAUUGUGUAUCGUCCCAUCCCUACUGUCGCAUGGCUUCCCAGCACACUGAGCCCUCAUUAAUGUUGUUAGCUCUCAUGCUGCGACAAGUCAACAUGUCUGCUGUGAAAAAGCUCUGUGGACAAAUUCUAAAGGUUUAAGUUGUCCAGGUACAAGAGACCUCAAUCAGGCAGAGUGUGUGUCGGCCCACGCAGUCCUGAGAGGAGCUCUAAUCAGGCAGCAUAAGUGAAAACACCUGUGUGGGUUUACCAUGGAGGUGCACAGGGGUUUCAUGUGGGAGUUUUCAAGACAUUUUAUUUGUUUCUCUUCAGAACAUUUGCUGGGAAAAUAUUAUGUAAUCUAUUUUUUUUCCUUUUCUGUUUCAAUCUCAAAAGUAUUAAACACUCCAUUUAGUGAUUUUGGGGAAAGGCUGAUGCAGAGCUGCACUAGAUAUCGCUGUGUGUGUGUGUGUGUGUGUGUGUGUGUGUGUGUGUGUGUGUGUGUGUGUGUGUGUGUGUGAACACAGUCUGUUUCUACUGAUAUGAAGGUGAGUGGGUUUAUAGAUUCUGUGUUUUCAGAUCAGAUGAGCAGUGAGAUCUAUGAGCCAUCGUGUUUAUAGUCCUUAUUUCAAGGUGCCUGUUUGGAUGCAUGGCUGAAUAAUCACCUAAAUCAAUGGAAUUAUAUUGAUUUUACUGCAAUAUGGUAGUUAUAAGACACUUACUGACCUAAAUUUAUUCAUCUCAAAUUUUUAAAUAAAUUAUUAUCAUACAUUUAUUACUAUUCCUAGUCUAUCUAAAUUAUUUUAAUGCACCUUACAUGAUUAAAUGUGACAUAUAAAGCUGUUUAUUCCCAUAUAAUUAAACUGAGAAUCGUUAUGACCUAUGACGUCUACCGGGACAGUUCACAAUUCAGCCCAGAGUCUUAAACUGCUCGUACUGACGUAAGCCAAGAGCAGACGGGAAAUACCACGGUGUGUGUAUCAUCAGUUUCUGGUUAUUUUCUUCAGCUCUAACUGCAAUUUUAUUAAUUCAGUAGCAAUUUCAGUGUCUUGGCAGACAUUGCUAAUGCAUGUAAUGUCAACUAGAGGUCUGCAGCCCAUCAAGAACACCAGACACACUGUUCUUUUUUUAAAUCUAUAUAUAUAUAUAUAUAUAUAUAUAUUCAGCCUGUUUUCUUUCAGUGUAUCUCAGUAAGAAUUUAGCCACAGUUAUGUUAGGCGCAACAUCAGUGUAAGGCUACAUGUGGCCAUGAAACUGGCACACAAUGCCACAGUUUAGUCAGUUAGUUAUCAGGCCAGCGUUAAAUCAGUGCCAGGAAUAUAUUUUAUGCUAUGUUACAUUUUCUAUUUCACCCUGCUGAGGUGGGAUGAAAUUUAGUUGUGGAAAAACACAAGUACAGAGCUCUGUGUUGUGAACAGGCAUUCAUCUAGAACAGUUUCAAUGUAAACAAAUUCAAUACACUUUGCAUUCUUUAUUUCCCUCACCGUGCAGCAGGAGAUAUACUGUAGUUAUUUAUGGUAGAAUAAAAUGCUAAAGUCCUUGCAGUUGGAUGACCUUAAAGUUCUGCCGCAGGAACAUAAUUCCCUGUUUUGCUUGCUCUUAUAUUCAGCUGAAUCCUCCUGUAUGUACAUUAUCAUUUGGUCAAAUAAUUUCCAGAGUCUAGCAGUGCACUGCAGACUUACAAGCCUCUUUAACUUCUACUCAAUCUGUUCCCUCAGUAUCACUGAGGAUACCACCAAAGUAAAGCUGGCAAGCUGGCUGUCAUCCAAACCAGGAGUAUGGAGCCCAAAGUGCAGGUGAUGUGUUGCUCUUCUAGUAAUUAUGGAGCACGCUGUAUUGAUUGCUUGGACUCCAUUUUGAAAGUAAAAUGUAAAUAUGCAAGCAGCAGCUACACUGAAGACUGAUCAUAAAUCUCUUCAAUUGUCCUGUACAUCAUAAACCCGCUGCUUCUGUAACGCCGUGUUUGUAUAUGUAAUUUGUGUCAUAAAAAAUGUCCCCACCUCCAGUAUGCAGCACUGCAGUGUUUUAUUGCAGCGCUGCGUUACAAAGUAUAAGCAAAGACCUCCACUCCAGCAGUCAUUUUGUUGAGUUAUGGGCGUCUGUGAUGUCAAUGAACAGCUGUGACUACUUCAAAGCUGCUUCCUGAUUAUAACCUGGCAGUUCUUACAUCAUUACCCUUUGAGAUUUGUCCAGAAAAAAAAGCAAGUUGAAAGAUUUAGUGUUAAAGCCACAGUGUGCAACUUUUCACCUCCAGGCAGAAAAAGUGAAUUGUAAGUUGCCGCCCCAACACUUGUCACUCACCUUGAUGAGCUGUCUGCCUUGAAACAGCAUCUCACCCGGGGCUAAGAUCACUGACAUCCCCCAAAGGUGCCAGGGGUGUCGGAGAAGCAGAUGCCAAACCGAGGAAGAGUGGGAAAAAAAGAGCAAUGCUGAUG